AUGACAUCCUUGCUUAACAAAAUCCCACAAGGAGGAUGGGUACCAUUUGUUAUCUCAGUUUUCUUCCUAGUAGUCAUGCUAUCUUGGACCUAUGGAAGGAGCAAGAAGAGUAUGUAUGAGGCAGAGAAGAAAAUGAGUUUAGUUGAACUGAACCAAAUGAUGUCAAGAGGGGACGUUUAUCGCCCACUGGGACUUUGCUUCUUCUGCACAGACCUUGUCAACGGAAUCCCACCAAUCAUCCGCCAUUACAUUCAGCACACAAACUCAGUUCACGAAAUCAUGGUGAUCAUCACGAUGAGAACACUCCCAAUCAAAACUGUCCUCCCAGAGGAACGGUUGGUGGUUGGGAAACUGGGACUUGGAGUUUACAGGUGUCUGGUUCAGUUUGGUUACAAAGACUCACCAAGCAUGAAUGGAGACGACUUUGUUGCUUCGGUGGUGGGAAGACUCCGCGAGCUUGCCGAGACUGCUGGAGAAAAGCAAGAAUUGGAAUCGGCUGCAGAGAAAGGAGCUGUGUUCGUGAUAGGCCGGACCAUUCUCAAAUCAAACAAGGACAACAGUUGGUUUUCUCGCUUCAUCAUAGAUCACUUAUACAGAUUCCUUCAAAAGAACAGCAGGGCUGCAAUUUCAACACUUCAAGUAGUCCCACCAGAAAAUACUUUGCAAAUCGGGAUGCUUUACGAAAUCUAG